AUGUCCCGAAAACACACAUUAAUCCAACAGUUCCCUGGUACAAUGCUCUGUCACAGUGCACGCUGCUAGCUAGCUGACAGGUACAGACACACAAGCUUAACAACAUUUUCAAGACCGACCACCCCGAGUUCUUGGCAGUCACCCCUGUUCUAGAGAACCAUGGAAACCGAAUAUUCCAAAAGAGUGUACCAGGGAGUCCGGGUAAAACACACCGUGAAGGAUCUGCUCGCAGAGAAGAGAUCAAGACAGAGCAAUGUGCCGAGCAGAUACAACAGUGGAUCGAAUACUUCUCAGCCAGCGUUUGUCCAGAUGUCAGGUUCACACAUGCUCUCUGGAUAUUAUGGAAUGAGAAGAUCGUUUUUGUCUGAGUCCGAGUUCUCGCACUGUCACCCGAGCAAGCAGUUUGCAGCUGAUGUCUACUCCUCAACCCUUGGAGGAAAGCCCCUGUCAUGUGACCCCUCCUCGGUUUCGGGGUACACUCCGCUAAUAGACAGCUAUUACCCCGAGUCCUUCGGAGACUAUCGUAGCCCUGCUUUCCCUUCCGGGGGCAGCCCCAUCUUCCCCCAGUCAGCGCUGCCGUCCCUCCUGCCGCCAUUCUCCGGAGAUCCGGCUCACUUUCUUCUGAGAGACUCGUGGGAGCAGACAGCACCUGACAGCAUCAGCCAAGGGGAGGGUCUUUGUCCGGACGCGAUGCCAUCGAUUCCGCCCAGCAACUCCUUGACGAAUCACGAGUGUGGGAGCCCCACUCAGUACCGGGCCACAGCUCGGAGCUCCAGCACCGGAGGCACCCAGCCCUACUCGCUCCACUCCCUUGAUGACAUUCACUAUCCGCCAGCUUACCCUGGCACCUCCAGCUACUCCACCUGCCCUCCCUACAUGGCUGUGCCCAACGAUCUGGCUUCCAAGAUGCCCCAUUUGGCCUCCGAAGACGGUGACAACCCCGCGACCUCUAUAAAUGACACCCCGUCCUGGACAAAGGAUGAUGGGAGCAACACGUGGUCACCGUAUGAAGUCCGGAGGUCAUACUGAUAAUAAAACAAAACAAAGACUUACAAGCUUCACCAGCUCAGUCCGUAUGAGGACUAAUAAUUCUGAAGAGGCUAUUAUUCAUUCUUUUGUAGUUUUUUUAUUUUAUUUGUAUGUUCUUUGAUAUAAAUCUGAAGUCUGAAGAGUUGGUACAAGGGACUAGAUUAGAUUUUUUCCUGUAUAAAGCACUGCCAAGUCAGACUGACUAAAAUGCUAGGCCUCUAUUUUUAGGCACGCUGUUUCUGUACGUCUGAAGGUCAAAGGGCUUUAUAUAGGUAUAUAAAACACAAACAACACAAAGCAGGUACUGCUGUAUAAUAUAUCAAUUCUGAUUAAUGCCAUUUGGUGGGAUUUUAUCAAUGCGGUUCUGUGUUACUUAUUCUGUAGCUCGCAGGCAAACUUCACAGUGCAGGAGAGCAGUCAGAAAACAAGCCAUUGUGUUUCCAAAACAGCAAAAACCUUUACUUCCUCUCCAUACUAAGAUACGCCCACACUGCAAAGAAAUGUUUGUCUACUGUUAUAACGUGUUUCUUAAUUAUUUUUACUCCUGAUGUAUUUUUGUAUGAGAGCAUAUUUAAAGAAAUAAUUAAAAGAGGGAGAUAGGGUCAAUAUUUGAGGAAACUAUUCAGCAUUGCAAAUUAUGUAUUUAUUUAUGACAAACCAGGGUAUAUAAACUUUUGUUUGUUUGUUUGUUUCCAAAUGGAAUGCUCUGGACCCUAUGUUUUAUUUUUGUUUUUUUUUUUUUACAGGUUUUCUAAAAAUGAUACAACAAACUGUUUAUACAUUCUCACUAGCUUUGUAACACUGGUGUUUUUUUUUUAAUGUUUUUAGACUUCCUUAAUAAGAUCAGGCACGCUUUCUUUGGAACUAGAAAAUUAACUGUGUGGUCCUAAAACACUGAUGUGGGAUUUUGAUUAUCACCCCAAACCCACUCUCUAAUGCUCAUAUCUAUGGGACUUGAAAUUUGACCCACAAACCACCUGUAACCUUUUGGUAAGGAAAUGCAAUCAGCAGUAGUUCUCCUCUCAAGCUGGUAAGCUUUCCUGGUAAUUUACGAUAGAUUCUCAAUGUUAGUCUGCACUCUUGUUGUGACUGUACCAUAUACGGCGUGUAAAACAAUAUUGGUGCGUCGAUUUAAAAUCAUUUUGAAACAUAAUGUUGUUUUUUUGUUUGUUUUGUUUUUGUUUUAUAAUCAGUUUUUGAACAUUUUUGUGAAAUUUCACAAUCGUUCUGUACUUCUGUAUAUAAAUUCACCCGCUAACUGUUCCAGAGUCGCACUCAAAUUUGUUGCUUCUGAUAACAGGAACAAACACUGGAAACGUGUCGAUAAACUUGCCGAGCAGCUUUCCGUGUAUAUAUCCUCGUAAAUAUUAAAACAUUAAACACAAACCUUAAGAUAAGUCAACUAGCUGUGGCUGUGGUUCUUGUCUGCUAUCUUGUCCAGACUCACCAGCGUUAGCCGUGCACCGAAUUAAUGAAUGGGCUGCCUGUCCCGUUUACAGCAAUCCCAUAAAACAAAACAAGAAAGAGAGCCAUUGUGCGCUGCGCUAUCUGAUAAUGCCACGGUAAGCAUAGUCGACGAGAGUCCCGAGCAGCGUGCUAUUUUACAGUUAUCAGCAUUUCCCGUUUACUGAGACGAAACAUUGCAUCUGAUAAUGAUGUCUGCUGAGGCAUAAAUAUUGCGCAUGUAAGGUUAAAAACACAAGAGCAUGUGGUGAUAAAGUGCAGUUCAGUGACAGGUGCAGCAGGUGGAGGGGUUCGAAAGAUUAGAUUAUUAUUAUUAUUAUUUUUUUUUUUUUUUUUUUAAA